AUGACAUCAGCGGUGCCGGUGAAGGGGACAACAAGCGGCGGCGGCGGUGGUAGUGGAAGCCGGUGGUGUCCGACGCCGGAGCAGGUGAUGUUGUUAGAGGGAAUGUAUAGAGGUGGCCUGAAAACACCCACGGCAACCCAGAUACAGCAAAUCACUGGAAGGCUAUCGAUUUAUGGCAAAAUACAAGGCAAAAAUGUCUUCUAUUGGUUUCAGAAUCAUAAAGCUCGAGAUCGCCAAAAGCUUCGAAAGAAAUUAAUGGCGUUGUACCACCAACAUCGCCUUUACCCUACUCAUGAUCAUCAUCCUUUUCUUCCCACUCUUCAUCCGCAGGGUGGUGGAGUUGAAGAUGCAUCAAACUGUAAAGGAAUGAUGGACAAUUGGAAGGUGGAUCUCCCAUCAAAUCAAACCUGCAAAUUCAUGUGUGAUUGCCCACUUAUGUCAAUGAUGAUGAUGGAUAACCAUGGUACAACUCCAUAUUGCACAAGAGUACCUCCCAAAACCCUGCAACUCUUCCCAGUCACCACCACAGAUCUCAAAGAUGAUGAUGACCAUCAUCAGUUCACCAUCACCACCAAACCCUAG